ACUCUUGGUUAUCUGUUGUGACUCUCCUGAGAGACAGAACAUGGAUGUCUUUACAACCUCAGACUAUGAAAGUGAUGCUUUUAUUUUCACAGAUUUGACAGACUUGACAACUGAUACUGAUGACUAUGAAUCAGACCUGGGUGGAUUAUGUAACAAAGAGUUGGUGCGACAGUUCAGUAAGACCUUCGAGCCCCCUCUCUACUGGAUCAUCUUUGUCGUGGGGGCUUUUGGCAACCUACUGGUCAUCUGUAUCUUCACAACUGUGCAAAACCGCCUCAAGACCAUGACUGAUGUGUACCUGCUGAACCUGGCAGUGGCUGAUCUUCUCUUCCUAGGCACAUUGCCCUUCUGGGCAACAAAUGCCGCUCAGGGCUGGGUGUUCAGCCAGGCCAUUUGCAAAGGAGUUUCUGCGGUCUACAAGAUCAACUUCUUCGCUAGCAUGCUCUUACUCACCUGCAUUAGCGUGGACCGCUACAUUGCCAUCGUUCAUGUAACCGAAGCGCACAACUACAAAAACAAACGAAUGCUAUAUAGUAAGAUAACUUGUGUUUUUGUGUGGCUCGCAUCUUGCCUCUUAGCUCUACCAGAAUUUCUCUUUGCUAAAGUGAAAAACAUUGACCCCCAGAGCACUUCCUGUGUCAUGGUGUAUUCAAUCACAGACAACAAUCGUACCAAAGUCUUGGUAUUGGCUUUACAGAUCAGUGUUGGCUUCCUAUUCCCAUUGCUUGUCAUUGUGUUGUGUUAUUCAGUCAUUAUUCGUAAACUCCUGCAGGCUCGAAGCUUUGAAAAACACAAGGCUCUAAGGGUCAUCUUUGCAGUUGUGGCCGCUUUUGUUCUCUCACAGCUGCCAUUCAACGGAUAUCUGAUUAUAGAAGCAGGCCAAGCCAACAACGCUACAAUAACAAACUGUGAAGUCAUGCAAAGCUUAGACAUGGCUGGGCAAAUUGUGAAGUGUCUUGCCUACACACACUGUUGUCUGAAUCCCAUCCUGUACGUAUUUAUCGGCGUUCGCUUUCGGAAGGAUCUCUUCAGCCUGCUUCAGCGCAUGUCCUGUGGCCUGGGACUGGUCAACAACAGCAAACUGCAACAAGUUCCCAAGAGGCCCUCUGUUAUGUCUGACACUGACACCACCCCUGUUUUUUCUUUAUAGACCAGCCUACAGUAUUGACAACCUUUUAAAAUACUUCUACAUCUACAGAGUGUAAUUUUUAUAGGAGUUAUAGGUCCUUAUAACUGCAAACAUUUUUGGGCAAGGCCUUUGGAAUGUGCUUUAUGAUACUAUUAUUCCUGUAUGGCCCUCUGGCUGUACAUGAUGGUAGAUUGUGGAGACAUAGAUUUUGUACAUAGAUUCUGUUUUUGAGCAUUUAACCACAAUUUUGGCAAGGAUGAUUGCAGUUAGAGCAGUGUAAUGUAUGCUAUGAGUAUACUAUUAUGAUUUACAUACUUUUUU